UCCAAAAUGGCGGCUGAGCGACAAUGAAGCGAAAACAAAGUUUUCUGGAAAUUUCCGUCUAGGAUUUAAAACGUUGUGCGAAUAAUUUAGCAGUUAAGUUGUGUUUUUGGUGUAGUUUAGUUGUUUGAGAGGUUUAGGGAGUUGAAAUUUGUAAAAACAAUCAGUUUUGGGAUUUUUGAACAUUUUUUGGACGCCGACUUCGGGGGUUUUUUUGUGUGUGUUUGUUAAACCUGAUAAAGACAUUCAAGAAAUAACCGGCGAGUAGUGAUAGUAGUAGUAAUAAUAACAGACGCUUUGGGAAAAGCAGAAAAAGACUAAAAAGUGCAGCAUGGAGGAGAAAGUGAGCAGCAGGGAGAGCAGCAGCGGCAGCGAGUCGAGCAGCGGGCCCUCUUCCCCCGCCAGCCCCGGCUCCGAAGCGGCCAAAGCGGGCAGCUGUAGCAGCAGCGCCGCCGGAGGAGGAGGAAACGCCUUCGCCAACGACGGCAGCUUCAUGGAGCUGUUCAAGAAGAAGAUGGAGGAGGAGCGGCGGAGAAAGGAGCUGGAGGAGGCGGGCAACGGGCAGGCGACUGAGGACAAGAAGCCCGUUAGCGUGGCCAGCUUUGUGGGCAAGCGCAGAGGAGGCGCCAAGCUGGCACUCAAGACUGGAGUGGUGGCCAAGAAGCAGAAACCUGACUCGGAGGUGAGUCAUGAGGAUUUCGCCAAAAUCCUGUUCAUCUUUAAAAGUCCAUCCUGAAUGAUGACUUCAUAAAAAUGCAGCAUCAACCAAUGCUUUACUAAACAUGUCACACACGUGUAUGUGUGUGUGUAAACUUAUUGCAUAGGUUUCAGGGUGGAGUUUUACUUUAG